AUGGAAAACUUGCUAUGUGCCAAGCAAGUGUGGAACUUGAUCGAUCCAGGAAUCAAAGAACCAACAGUAGGUGUUGCCCAAAGUGAAGCAGAAAAGAAAAAGCUAGAAGAGCUACGCAUGAAGGACCUACAGGUCAAGCACUACCUGUACCAAGCCAUUGAUAGGGUUACGUCUGAGCAAAUCCUGGAUCGAAAAACUUCAAAGGCGGUAUGGGAAUCCAUGCAAAAGAGAUUUGCAGGAAACGACAGGGUAAAGAGGGUUCUAUCAAUAUCCAAUCAAAUGAGAAGUAAUGGAGAAUCAUUGACUGAUGUUAAGAUUGUUGAGAAAAUUCUUCGUACACUCACAGAGAAGUAUAUGUAUGUGGUAGUGUUAAUUGAAGAAUCAAAAGAAAUAGACAAAAUGUCUAUAGAAGAGUUGCAGAGCACCUUAAUUGUCCAUGAACAUAAAUUUAAGAAUAAUGAAAAAGAAGAAGAGCAAGCCUUGAAGAUGGAUGUUGGUGAGGGCUCGAAUUCAAAAGGACGAGGCAGAGGUCGUAGCAAUUAUAGAGGAAGAGGACGAGGCAGAGGACGAGCCUUUGUUAAGAAAGAAACCAUUGAAUGUUAUAACUGCCACAAGUUAGGACAUUAUGCAUACGGAUACCCAAAUGCAAAAGAAGCCAACUAUGAUGGGUUCGACGAAAAUGAAGAAGUCAUGUUAAUGGUUGAUGUAAGUGAAGAAGAAGACCUUGUGUUCAUGGCUCAAUAA